CUGGCCGCCGCGGACCUGGCCGUAGAUGACUGCAGAAGCGCAGCAGGCUCUGUCCUCUCAGCCCCCUCCUCCUCCGGUGCAGAGCAGCUACGGCCCCAUGUCCUCCGUGGCCGAGAAGCAGCCGCAGAGCUCGGCCAUGGACGCCGCCUCCGCGGGGACCGGCGGGGCGACCGGCAGCGCCCCGGGCAGCGGCAGCGCCCCGGGCAGCGCCGGUCCCAAAGCGAAGAAAACCAACGCGGGGAUCCGGAGGCCGGAGAAACCGCCUUAUUCCUACAUCGCCCUCAUCGUCAUGGCCAUCCAGAGCUCGCCCUCCAAACGCCUGACCCUCAGCGAGAUCUACCAGUUCUUGCAGAGCCGCUUCCCUUUUUUCCGAGGUUCCUACCAGGGCUGGAAAAACUCGGUGCGCCACAACCUCUCGCUCAACGAGUGCUUCAUCAAGUUGCCCAAGGGGCUGGGACGCCCGGGCAAGGGCCACUACUGGACCAUCGACCCGGCCAGCGAGUUCAUGUUUGAGGAGGGCUCGUUUCGCCGCCGGCCCCGCGGUUUCAGGAGGAAAUGCCAAGCGCUGAAGCCCAUGUACAGCAUGAUGAACGGGCUCAGCUUCAACCACCUCCCCGAGAGCUACGGCUUCCAGGGCUCGGCCGGCGGGCUCUCCUGCCCCCCCAACAGCCUCUCCCUUGAAGGGGGUUUGGGGAUGAUGAACGGGCAUUUGUCCAGCAACGUGGAGGGGAUGGGCCUCGCGGGACACUCCGUGCCCCACCUGCCCGCCAACGGUGGGCACACCUACAUGGGGAGCUGUACCGGCUCCACGGCGGGGGACUACCCGCACCACGAGAGCUCCGUGCCCGCCUCCCCGCUGCUCGCCGGCGGCGGCGUGAUGGAGCCCCACUCGGUUUACUCCAGCUCGGCCUCGGCGUGGGCUCCCUCCGCCUCGGCGGCCUUGAAUACCGGCGCGUCCUACAUCAAACAGCAGCCCCUCUCGCCCUGCAACCCCACGGCCAACCCGCUCUCCUCCAGCCUUUCCACGCACUCCCUCGACCAGUCCUACCUGCACCAGAACAGCCACAAUACCGCCGAGCUGCAAGGCAUCCCGCGGUAUCACUCCCAGUCUCCGAGCAUGUGCGACAGAAAGGAGUUCGUCUUCUCUUUCAACGCCAUGGCCUCCUCCUCCAUGCAUUCAGCGGGCAGCGGCUCCUAUUACCACCAACAAGUGACAUACCAGGACAUCAAGCCGUGCGUUAUGUGAUACGGGGCAGAAAAAAACACCUCCUGGGGCCGGCAAAGCCUGACCCGGGCAUCGAGCCCCCCCUCCCCGGGACCCUCUGGGUGGAAGGGGAGGGUCUCUGUAGCCUGGCUUUGUUCAGGAGGAGCGGGGUGUGCGGCCCCGGGGCUGAGACUGCCCCGCAGCUGAGCAUCGGCCGGACCCGGCCUCCAACACGGGUCUUUAAAUCACAGACGGUCUCUGCCUUCAUCUUCUGCUUCUUCGCUUGGGGCUGGCUUGAGAAGAAAGCAAAAGCAGCCCCGCACCCCCCUCUGAAAACCCCGGCUGUGAGUUGGGGUGAAGGGUUUGACAAAUGAGGUUUUGAUGCUUCUUUCCAAAAAAAAAAAAAAAAAAAAAAAAAAAUUAAAUUACUAAUUCAGUUUUGUAAUGGGCAUUGAGCGAUGUCGCCAGCUCGGUUGGUAGGAGCAGGGCAGGAUCGGGACUGGGGGGGCUGGGAAGGACCCUGACCCCAAAACUGGCGCAUUCUGCACCCGCGGCCCCUCCGCACCUCACCGCGGGGAGGAGCGGGCCCGCCAUCGGGGUCCCCCCGCCCCAACCCCAUCGGUCCUGUCUCACUUCGAGCCCUUUCUUCCUAGAA